AUGUCAGAACCAAAACCAACUCAACCAAUCAAAGAGAUUGAUGAGGAAACUAAAAGAAAGAAUGAAGAGAAAAAGAAAGCCAAAGAGGCAGAGAAAGCAGAGAAAUUAGCAAAAAUGAAAGAAAAGGAAGCUAAACAAGCAGCAGCAAAAGAAAAAGAAUUACAAAAUAAACUUAAAAAAGAACAAGAGAAAAAAGAAAAAGAAGCUGAAGAAAAAGAAAAACAAGAAGCUGAAGAAAAAAUUGUUAGAGAACAUAUUGAAAAAAUUUUAAAAACCCCAAAGGGUGAAAAGAAAGAUGUUUCAAGUUUAUUAUCAUCAUAUCAUCCAACAGCAGUUGAAUCAAUUUGGUAUGAUUAUUGGUUAGAUAAUGGAUAUUUUUCACCAGAGAAACAAAUGGAGAUUCAACCACAUGUAGUUAAAGAUAAAAAGUUUGUAAUUGUUAUUCCACCACCAAAUGUUACAGGUAGUUUACAUUUAGGACAUGCAUUAACCAAUUCAAUUCAAGAUGCAGUUGUUCGUUAUCAUCGUAUGAAGGGUGAAGUUUGUUUAUGGGUACCAGGUACAGAUCAUGCAGGUAUUGCAACACAAGUAGUUGUAGAGAAAAAGAUUUGGAAAGAGAAUAAGAUCACUCGUCAUGAUUUAGGUCGUGAAGGAUUUAUAAAGAAAGUUUGGGAAUGGAAAGGUGAAUAUGGUGCACGUAUUCAAGGUCAAUUGAAAAAGAUGGGUUCAUCAGUUGACUGGAGUCGUGAGGUAUUCACAAUGGAUGAUCAACGUUCAAAAGCAGUAAAUACAGCAUUCAUUCGUAUGUUUAAUGAUGGUUUAAUCGUUAGAACCACACGUUUAGUCAAUUGGUCAUGUGCAUUGAAGACUGCCAUCUCUGAUAUUGAGGUAGAUUUCAUCGAUUUAGAGAAACACACUAAAAUGUCAGUACCAGGUCAUCAAGGUCAAUAUGAUUUUGGUGUACUCUUUGAAUUUGCCUACCAAGUCGAAGGUAGUGGUGAGGAAUUGGUAGUUGCAACCACUCGUAUCGAAACUAUGUUGGCAGAUACAGCAAUUGCCAUUCAUCCAGAUGAUACACGUUACACUCAUCUUCAUGGUAAAUUUGCAAUUCAUCCAUUGAAUGGCCGUAAGAUUCCAAUCAUUACCGAUUCAGUUUUGGUAGAUAAAGAUUUUGGUACUGGUGUUGUCAAGAUUACUCCAUCACAUGAUCCAAACGAUUAUGAAACUGCACUUCGUCAUGGUUUAGAGUUUAUCAAUCUUUUCACUGAUGAAGGUUUAAUCAAUGAGAAUGGUGGUGAACGUUUUGCUGGUAUGAAACGUUUCGAUGCUCGUAAUGCUGUUGUUGAAGCAUUGAAAGAGAAGAAUCUUUUCAAGGGUAUGAAGGAUAACAAGAUGAGAUUAGGUCUUUGUUCACGUUCAAAGGAUGUCAUUGAACCAAUGAUUAAACCACAAUGGUAUGUUAAAUGUGACGAUAUGGCAGCACGUGCCGUUAAGGCUGUUCGUGAUGGUGAUUUGAAAAUCACUCCAAAGACUCAUGAAGUAACUUGGUAUCGUUGGUUAGAAGGUAUUAAAGAUUGGUGUGUCUCUAGACAAUUAUGGUGGGGUCAUCGUAUUCCAGCCUACCAUUGUAUUAUCAAAGGUGUUAAAUCAAAUCCAUACGAUACCAAUCAAUGGGUCGUUGGUGCCAAUCAAGAGGAGGCCACUCAAAAUGCAAUCGAGAAAUUUAAACUUUCAAGCAAAGAUGAUAUCUUAUCAUUGGAACAAGAUCCAGACGUUUUAGAUACUUGGUUCUCAAGUGGUUUAUUCCCAUUCAGUGUUAUGGGUUGGCCAGAACAAACUCAAGAUAUGCAAGAUUAUUAUCCAACAAGUCUCUUGGAAACUGGUUCCGAUAUUUUAUUCUUUUGGGUUGCUCGUAUGGUUAUGAUGGGUCAACAAUUAACUGGUAAAUUACCAUUUGAACAAGUUUUCCUUCAUGCAAUGGUUAGAGAUUCACAUGGUAGAAAAAUGUCAAAAUCAUUGGGUAACGUUAUCGAUCCAAAUGAUGUAAUUAAAGGUAUCUCUUUGGAUGAAUUAAUCGCUAAACUCUAUGAAGGUAAUUUAGAUUCUAAAGAAAUUGAAAAAGCAACCUCUGGUGUUAAAUCCGAUUUCCCAACUGGUAUUGCAGAGUGUGGUACUGAUGCAAUGAGAUUUGCCCUUUGUGCUUACACUUCACAAGGUCGUGAUAUCAAUUUAGAUAUUCAACGUGUCGUUGGUUAUCGUAAUUUCUGUAAUAAGAUUUGGAAUGCCACUAGAUUCGCUCAUAUGAAAUUGGGUGAUUCUUUCAAACCGGAAUCAUUUGAUGCCUCAAAACUUUUACAACAAUCAAAUGCUAUCAAUCUUUGGAUUCUUAACGCUGCUCAACGUGCUAUCACCCUCUCUGAAGAAGGUUUCAAAGAGUACGAUUUUAGUAAGGUUACCACUGCUAUCUAUAGUUUCUGGUUGAAUGAAAUGUGUGAUGUUUAUCUCGAAAUGACCAAAUCCAUUUUCUCACUCGAAGAAGAUUCACCAAUUAAACAAAAAACCAAAGAAACCCUUUACACUUGUAUCGAUAUUGGUCUUCGUUUAUUACAUCCAUUCAUGCCAUACCUCACCGAGGAGUUGUAUCAAUCAUUACCACGUCGUCCAGAAGAUGUCAUUCCAACCAUUAUGUUAUGUCCAUACCCACAAUCUCAAUCAUGUUGGGCCAAUUCUGACAUUGAGGAAGAAAUGAAACAAUGUCAAGAUAUCAUCAAAUCAAUUCGUUCACUUCGUGCUACCUAUACCAUUCCAGCCUCUAAAAAACUUCACACUUAUCUUCACGUUAAAAAUCAAGAGAAUCUCGAACGUUUCACUAAAAACUCUUCAUUCAUUCGUGUUUUAGCUUAUGCCUCUGAACUCGAAGUUUCCAUUAGUGAUGAAUCUCGUCCUGGUUGUAUCGUUAAUGUUGUCAAUGAAAAUGUUUCAACCCUUUUAGAUGUUAGAGGAUCUGUUGAUUUCAAUCUUGAAAUUGCUCGUCUCGAAACAAAGAAACAACAAUUGGUCAAAAACUAUGAAACUUUAGUUUCAAAAACUACCAUACCUUCUUAUGAUAAAGUUCCACAAAAUAUCAGAGAUGAUAAUACUCAAAAAAUUAAAGCUUUAGAUGAAGAAAUUAAUAUUACAAACAAAACCAUUGAAAGUUUUACAAAAUUAAAUAUUUAA